AUGUUCAAACAUGACCUUAAACAUUGAACGCCAUUUGUACAGUCUAAAAUUUAAACCACGUGAGACUGAAAAAUGAAAAUACGUUUUCUUUAGCAAAUAGUUUUUUUAUUUAUUCAAGUGAUCAAAAGUUUAUGAACGCAACUCGCGUACGGAAAUGACAUCAAUUGUUGAAGUUUGAAAUUAAUGUAAUUCUUCAAACAUUGGAUGAUGAAACUGUUAAUACUCAAUCUGCUGUGUUCAUAUUUAUGUGUUUCUCAUGUUUUAUAUAUAACGCCGACAUCAACCCAGCCUCCUAGAAAUAAUUAUACCUUAACAAAUGCUGGCGUCACGUGUCUUGUCAUGACAGCGGGCCUGGAGCUGGUCAUUCCGUACAAAGGCAUAGAUGCUAAGAACCAUUCUUUGACAAUGGUAAUUCCAAGCAAUCCGUAUGUGAACGGGACAUGUGGCCCAGUUACAAACAUUUUAAACGUGUAUUUCAACGACUCUUGGAGUCUGACUUUCACUUUCACGAAUUCCUCAAUAACAAAAAGCACCUAUCAAAUGGACACCAUUAGAUUGGAUUUAGUUAAAAGUUCAAAAUGGUUUCCAAACAUUUCUUCAUCCUCAGUGAACAGUUUUCACUCGAUUAUCACAACGCUGCCAAAUGGAACUAAUCAUGCACCCCUCAAGUCAUCAUACCAAUGUCAAGGUCAGGAAAAUUUGGCGCUAAAUGAAAACAUUACAAUGAAUGUUUACGAUCUUCAGUAUAGAGCUUUCGGAAAUGAUAACAACACGUGGUUUUCUAAUAAAAACAUACAGCUAUGUAAUUCUGACACGGCACCGGUGCCAGAAAGUGACUUAGUGGCCGCAAUGGCCGUGGGGAUAGCUCUAGGUGUGAUGAUAGUUCUGGUCGUUGUAUUGUAUUUUAUUGUAUCAAAGGCUAAAGGAAGAGAGUAUGGAUAUAUAUAGAGUCUGUCACUUACGUGAAACAUAACGGGUUUGCGACCAGCAUGGAUCCAGACCAGCCUGCGCAUCCGCGCAGUCUGAUCAGGAUCCAUGCUGUUCGCUUACAAAUUCUAUAACAAGUAGAGAAACUGAUAGCGAACAGCAUGGAUCCUGAUCAGACUGCGCGGAUGCGCAGGCUGGUCUGGAUCCAUGCUGGUCGCAAACCCAUUAUGUUGGUUUUGUCGUGACGCGGCUCAUAUAGUCUGUCACUUACGUGAAGUUACAAUAAUGUAUAUU